GUAUACCAAAAUAUCUUGAAAUAUGAAAAUACAUUGUGAUGUCAGCAUGAGGAUUGUGGACAAACAGUCACAUUCAUAGUCAAGAGAUGACGGUUGUAUUACAAAGAGAUAGGUUAAGUGGAGAUGGGAAAAGAGGAAAAUUAUUCUGAGUUUGAUGCAUCAGACGGAGGAAAGGAGGAAAAUGAAGAAGAGAAAUUAACUUGUUCGGAAACCUGGAAUGCGUAUCCGAAACAUAUCUUCUUUAUUGUUGGCAACGAAUUCUGUGAAAGGUUUUCUUAUUAUGGAAUGAGAUCUGUGUUGCUUCUGUACUUGCGUGACUAUCUACAUUGGGACGACGACACUUCAACAGCAGUCUACCACGCUUUUACUGUCCUUGCAUAUUUGUUUCCAUUAGUAGGAGCUAUAGUAGCUGACUCAUACUGGGGGAAAUACAAGACGAUAAUCUAUUUAUCUGUUGUCUAUGUGUUCGGUCAUGCAGUAAAAACAGUUGGAUCGAUUCCUUACGUACCGUCGCAAGUCGCCCAUGCCGUACUUUCAAUGUUUGGUUUGUUUUUUAUUGCUGUUGGGACUGGAGGGAUCAAACCAUGCGUUUCAUCAUUUGGUGGGGACCAGUUUAAGCCGGGACAGUCGUACAUUCGGAAACAAUUCUUUUCUUUGUUCUACUUUGCGAUCAACGCUGGUAGUUUGAUAUCCACGUUUGUAACCCCGAUAUUCCGUGCUGACGUGAACUGCUACCCCAACGAGACUGGCCCUGAGUUUGACCAAUGCUUUGCCCUUGCGUUUGGGGUGCCUGGUGCUCUAAUGGUAGUGGCCUUAAUUCUCUUUAUUGCUGGUUCACGUUGGUAUACCAUCUACCCCCCAGAAGGAAGUAUUUUCACAAAGGUUUGUAAAUGUAUCUACACAGCAUGUAAGAAUAGAUGGAACACACCUAAUGAUGUAAGAAACAAGGAGCAUUGGUUGGAAUAUGCUGACGCGCCGCCAAAACUUAUUCGAGACACCAAGUAUGUAUUACGAGUUUUGGUCCUUUACAUUCCCCUACCUUUCUUCUGGGCUUUAUUUGACCAACAAGGAUCAAGAUGGACGUUACAAGCUAUUCAAACCAACGGAUAUUUGGGAACUCUUCUCAUCAAACCAGACCAAGUAGAAGUCCUCAACCCAUUAUUAAUUGUCACUUUAAUCCCAAUAUUUGAGGCCACGUUGUAUCCGUUCUUACGAUAUUUCAAAAUCCCGUUCCCCCCAUUAAGAAGGAUGACAGUUGGUUUGGUUUUGGCGGGAUUGUCGUUUAUUGCAGCCGCUAUACUGCAGAUUGAAAUUGACAAAACUCUCACCCCCCUCCCUAAAAGUUUUGAGUUUGGUGUCCGAUUUAUAAAUUCCGCUCCAUGCAACGUAACUUUCAUCCCGGAUAAUGGAAUUCUUCCCGAUGUUACUGUGCAACCUAAUGAUAUAAGCACAAUCUUUUUCUACCACCACACUGAUACAGCAAGAUACACUUACCUUGCAUGCAAUGGAGAAACAACUACCAUACAAACAAAUGCUGCUAAAGAACAAGUUGUGGAAUUUGUGGUGUUUGGUGACCAGGCUCAAUCUAUAAAUAAGGUACCCAUGGUAACCCACAAGUCCGAAGAUGGAGGGGGCAGGUUUAGUGUUUUGAACCUCGAUCCCCAACAGCGCGACCUAGUGGUUGUAGUGACGAGUGUCGAGAGAGGGAAAUACCCGGAGAGACCAACAGAUGUCCUUCACACAAAUCGAUCGACGAGUAUCGACAUUGGAUAUGGAUCUGCAACGAUAACUGCUUAUGACAAAUCAACAUUUGGUGACAAUGAUGAGACUGGCAGUGGUGGCGGGAAUGUUGUUGUAUAUACAACUGAUCUAUACUUAGAUGUGGGAGGUGUAUACAGUAUUGUAUAUAAUAAUGGAAGUACAGGCUUCACUAACUUGGACCUAAACCCGAACACAAUAAGUGUUGCGUGGAUGAUUCCGCAAUUCCUUAUAAUAACCAUAGGUGAAGUAUUCCUCUCAAUUACAGGGUUGGAGUUCUCGUACACACAAGCACCCCCUAGCAUGAAGUCCGUCCUCACAAGCAUUUGGCUUUUCACGGUUUCUCUUGGAAACAUCAUCGUGUUAAUCAUCGCUGAAGCAAAGGGAAUCGAGAAGCAGUCGGAUGAAUUCUUCUUGUUUGCAGGACUUAUAUUUGUGGCUGCGAUUCUGUUUGUGUUCUUGGCAUACAGGUACAUUCCUGUCGACGAGAACGAAUUCAAAGAAGAGAUUUUGGAAGAAGAAAGAAAGUUCCGGGAGAGAGCCCGCUUGCACCGAGUUGAAGAAGAAGGGCAUUCCAUUAGAUGAUAUCAGUGUUGGGGAACUACCUAGCUAUGACGUCGCCAUCCAGGGGUCAAACGGGGUCACCAAAAAAUUAGAAUAUGAGCAUGAUACCCCUAUGUAAAGAAAGAUCUUUUUAAGUGUUAAUCUAUAGUGACAGAAAUAUGUUUAUAACGUCACUAUUGCGCAUACCGACGUCAUAAUUUUAAAGUUGUAUCAUAAUACGCAUUAUCUGACAAUCCCACUGUAGAAUUAUUGAUUAUGACGUAACUUUGCGGUCUACUUUUUGUGACGUCAUAGCAGUUGUAUAAAAAUACACCCAUGUUGACAAUAAGAAGAUUCCCGUGUUACUCUUGAAGGAGCAUGAGGUGUAUG